UCGAACCGCGCUCCUUCUCUCCUAUUUCUCCUCUUUCCCUUUCGCAUCGCCCCGCGCGCCUGCUCGCGCUUUUGGGAAACAAUAAACAGUUCCUAACCAGAUGUUGUAGCUCUCGGUUCCUCCUGCGCGCGCUCUACAAUUUGGUGACCCUGUUGCAUACACGCCCUUAAUUCAAGUUAGAGUCAUGUCCCUCGCAGAGCCGGACGCACAACUGACACUAGGAACCACCAUGCCACAAGACCAGGCACAUCCCCCUAACACCGGCCGGAAUUCCCACACUGCAGACGCCCCCGGUGACGCAGUCUCUGCGGUAUCCCUACGCCUGCCACAAUACUGGGAGCGCAACCCAACCGUCUGGUUCCUGCAGGUGGAAUCGCAGUUCCACAUCUGCCGUAUAACAUCUCAGCUGCAAAAAUUCCACCACGUCGUCAGUGCACUGCCACCUGCUGCAGCAGAAGAGGUCUCCGACAUACUGGUUUCCUUCAGGACGAACCUCCCGGCAGCUCCCUACGACGAACUCAAGGCAGCGCUGCUCGACAGAACCGCGGCAUCGGAACGGACGCGAAUUCAACAGUUGCUCUCAAAUGCGGAGCUCGGCGACCGGAGGCCCACGCAGCUGCUUCGUCAGAUGAUGCAGCUCCUCGGUUCGCGCGCCCACGCAAUGGACAAUGCUGUGCUACGCGAGCUGUUUCUCCAACGCUUGCCGUCCAACGUGCAAAUGGUGCUGGCCACCGCAUCCACUAUGGAUUUACCGUCACUCGCCGCACUCGCCGACAAAGUCAUGGAAGUGGCGACGCAGCACUUGCAAGUCGCUGCCGUCAGCACUCCUUCUACACGACCCCCGUCGUCAUGUGCUGCUUCUAAUUUGACAACCGCUACCACCUCGCCUUCCCACAUCGACCACCUCUGUGACAGGCUCGAAGAAAUAAUCGUGGCAGCCACGCGACAAGACUAUGCUCCACGCCGUUCGCGACAACGUGGCCGAUCCUCAACCCCGCACCGUGCCGGAGAACGUGAUCGGAGUGCGUCUACAGGCCCAAGCUUGUGCUACUACCAUCGCCGUUUUGGAGCCGAAGCCCGCCACUGCUUGUUGCCAUGCGCUUGGACGGGAAACCCGCCGGCCGACCACUAG